AACUUGCAGAAAAUAUCAGACUGGAAGCAUAUAGGAAUUAGGAAGCAACUUGAGGACAAUUUUAAGUGUAACCUCAAACAUUUUCACUUGUAUCUGAGAAUUACUUGUGAAUCAGCUUAUUAAAAAAAAAAAAGAAAAAUCGGUGUUAUCAGCUGGUUAUAAUGAAACUGGAAUUAAAUGCACAACAACAAAUCGAAGUACAAUUUGGUUUGCAAGGAGAGGAAUCAGAAGAAAAUGAGCAUAUGGAAUCAUUCGUUGAUCGUCGUGCCGCAAAUUUUCGGGAACGGCGGCGAAUGUGCAGUAUCAAUGUCGCUUUUAUGAAACUACGACGAUAUAUUCCAACAUUUCCGUAUGAGAAACGCCUAUCCAAAAUAGAUACCUUGAAUCUAGCAAUUGCAUAUAUUUCACUUCUUGAGAAUCUACUGAACAGCGAUCAUCAAAACAUGCAUGCUUACUUGAAAGAAGCUCUUGUAAUGGCUCGUUCUGGAAAUCCACAAGCACCACCCUGGAGUACCAGUGAUCUCAUAGCUCGUCUUAGUUGGAUUAACUGGAAAAAACUGGGCAUCAAACCGAUGUGA